AUGUCUACAUCAUCUUGGGCCAGCCCCCUCAACGACUGGAGCGCUGCGCAAUAUCUGAAGUUCGAGGAUGAGCGCACUCUGCCAGCCCGUGACCUUCUCUCACGCGUCUCCCUCAAAUCUCCAAAGAGGAUUGUCGAUCUCGGUUGUGGUCCGGCAAACUCAACCGCCGUCAUCGAGUCUCGCUACCCGGACGCCCAGCUAGUGGGGAUCGAUUCUUCCCCGGACAUGAUCCGCAAAGCCAAGGCGACCCUUCCACACCUUAAAUUCAUUGUGGAGGACUUGAAGUCGUACUCUCCGCCAGAAGCAGUGGACCUCUUCUACUCCAAUGCCGUUUUCCAAUGGCUUAAGAAAGAGGAACGUUUCGAGGUCGUCAAGAGAUUGAUGGCUUCUCAACCAUCUGGUGGUGUCUUUGCUCUUCAAGUCCCCGACAACCUUUCAGAGCCAUCGCAUGUGCUGAUGCGAGAGACUGCUAAAUCCGGGCCUUGGGCAGCUAAGCUUGCAAGCGUGGGUCGGGAUACAUUCCAAACGCCACAAGAAAUCUAUGAUCAACUCAAACCUGUCUCUUCUCGGGUGAAUAUUUUCCAUACUAGCUAUUACCAUGCCCUUGAAAAUCAUGAAGCCAUUAUUGAGUGGGUCAAGGGUACUGGACUGCGGCCAUUUUUGGAUCCCUUGCAGCCGGAAGAAAAGGAAGGCUUCUUGAAGGAGUAUCUCAAGCGUCUGCAAGGGAUGUAUCCGUCUUGUGUCGAUGGCCGUGUUUUAUUGCGGUACCCCAGACUGUUUGUGGUUGCUGUUAAGGAAUGA